ACUCAGUUUACCGCACCGACUCCGACUGUGCGUGUGUGUCCCACUCCCGCAGCGCUGCAUCCUCUCGUCCGGAGACGCGCUCCGCCUGGAUUAUCUCCCGGUGCUUCCACACAGCUGCCGUCCGCCCGAUUCUCCUCGUUGUCAUGCAAGUUUGUACUCGGUUCUAGCAGAAAGUCGACUUUGUUGCCAUUUUUUUUUAUUGUUGUUGGCGGAUGAAGAGUGUUUUGCUCCAAGACGCGACUUCGAUGCCAGGUCCAGCCAAGAUGAGCAAAAACGGAAUGGUGACCAAGAUCCACACGAGGAUAAGAUGUGACCCGUUCACGGCCAGUUACGACCUGGUGGGCAAAGAGCUUGGCAGGGGAAAGUUUGCGGUGGUGAAGAAGUGCAUCGAGAAGGCAACGGGGAAGCAGUACGCUGCCAAGUUCCUGCGAAAGCGACGGAAGGGUGAGGACUGCCGCAUGGACGUCUUGAACGAGAUUUCCGUGCUGGAGUCGGCCAAGGCCAACCCGUAUGUGGUGGCGCUGCACGAGGUCUACGAAACCAACACUGAAAUCAUCCUCGUCCUCGAGUGCGCCGCCGGUGGUGAAAUCUUCAACCAGUGCGUGGCUGAUAACGACGAGGCCUUCACAGAGAAAGACGUGAUCCGGCUGGCCAAGCAGAUCCUGAAUGGGGUGGCCUUCCUGCAUCGAAACAAUGUGGUGCAUCUGGAUCUGAAACCCCAGAAUGUCCUGCUGACCAGUGCCAGUCCUCUCGGGGACAUUCGUAUUGUGGACUUUGGCUUGUCCAGACGCAUGGACAACAUCACAGAAGUCAGGGAGAUCCUGGGAACGCCAGAGUAUGUGGCACCAGAGAUCCUGAACUAUGAACCCAUUAGCACUGCGACAGACAUGUGGAGUAUCGGGGUCCUGACCUACGUCAUGCUGACGGGCGAGUCUCCUUUUCUUGGUGAAGAGAAGCAGGAAACAUUCCUCAACAUCUCCCAAGUCAACGUAGACUACUCGCAAGACACGUUUGAAGGAAUCUCCUCCCUGGCUGUCGACUUCAUCAAGUCCUUGUUGGUUAAAAACCCCAGGAAGAGAGCCACGGCAGAAGAAUGCCUCAAACACCUCUGGCUGAACCCACUCCCCCAUCCCCACUCCCACCCGCAUCUCCACACCAGGUCGGCCUCGUCUCUGGACGAGCCGGAGACGAGCCAGUCCGAGUCGGAGCCCGAGAGCCCGGCCCCCUCCCCGGAGCUGGACUUGAUCGGCUCGUACCUGGGGUGCCCGGGCCAGGGGGGGCUGAAGGCGGGCCGCAACACCUUCUCCUUCAGCGAGGCCCCGUUCCUCACGCUGCCUGAAAUACAGCAGGAGCUGAUCUGCUGAGUGACGCUCCACAGGAUGGAGGGAGAGAGAGAGAGAGAGAGACUGAACAUAUUCAAUCUCGACGGACGCUGAGAGCGAGUCAGCCUGCAGCUUCUUGGACUGGAUGUGACACAGCGCCGUGCUGUAUGGAUGCUGUACGCCUGCUGCUGCUGCUGGCUGCUUCCACUGCUGUGACGUCUGUGAGCUGGGCUGUUUGAUACCUCUGAGUGUGUGUGUGUGUGUCUGUGUGUGUGCGUGAGAAUAAUCCCUGCUACCGCGUGCUGAUUUAUCAUUGCACGGCAGGGAUGUGAGAGGAGUGAAGAUGUGGGAGAAAGACUCAUAAGGAAUGUGUCGCAGGACUGCACUGCUGCCUUAAAAGUGACAGAACUGCUCUCAGCUUCCCACUGAGGCUGGUUCACCCCCUGCACGCACACUGGUUUCUCGUUUUCCUUUUGAAGGAGGAGAGGCAGCCUCCUGCCUCCUUGGGAAAUGACUUCACUCACCGUGCACUCUCAUCAAAACAUGUUAUGCUUCAGCUGACCCAGACAUACCUUCUGCGAUGAGUUCUCUUGAAGGAAGUGAGGGGUUUUGACAGAUGGUUCUUCUUAACAAAGGAAUUAAAAAAGCCAGCGCACAUUAACUUUUUCCACUGUUUGAUAUGUUUAUUUAUAAUGAUUUUCCUAUACCACUUCAGCCCCUUGACUAUACAAAAGCCCCGUCAAUGCAACAGUUUUAGGUGGAGAUGGAAGCAUUCGUGUUUUUUAAGGACAAUCGAGCACUUUUUCAUUUCGUGUGUGUGUGUGUGUGUGUGUGUGUGUGUGUGUGUGUGUGUGUGUGUGUGUGUGUGUGUGUGUGUGUGUGUGUGUGUGUGUGUGUGUGUGUGUGUGUGUGUGUGUGUGUGUGUGUGUGUGUGUGUGUGUGUGUGUGUGUGUGUGUGUGUGUGUAAUCAUAAGAAACCAAAGGCUCAUCAAGCACAGUCAGCUGUCACAAUGUACUGUACAUAUUCAUAUGUAUCCACUGUUUUUGUCACACAACCUUUUUUGCUCACAAAGUGCCACGGUGUCAACCUCAAGUCUGAGUUAAUAUAAUAGUUUUACUUGCAUUUUGUUUUAUUUUGUUUGCUAUUGCACAAGUUGCACAAGUUUGUUUUUUUUUGUACUUAACUGCGAUGUUGCCACUUGUUUUCUUGCUCUUUAAUAACUAUUGUAAAAACAUCAGUCAGGAAUGGCAGGAAAGCAACAGUUCAGUUUGAUGUUUAGGAUUGUAAUAGAUAAGCAAUGACAUGGUCAACUGAAGAGCACAGAUUUGAAUUGAUAUGUGAUAUGUGACGCUCGGGAGCAGAGAAAUAGUUUUUGAAUUUCUCAAAAGUACUGAAAUGUAUAUUGUGAGUUAGUAUUAAAAUUCAUUUGUAAGGAUAAUUGAUGUUUUUUGUUUUGUUUAUUAUUAUUUUUUUUACCAGUGUAUGAAUGUUAACAUCAUUAUAUCAAGUCUUAUUUUGUACGUUAACUUUUACUUAUUAUUGUCUGCUCAUGAAUUUCAGGCAGGUUUGCACUUGUCCUUGUGGACGUUAUGUUAAAAUUAAUAAAUGUUGAUGGCAUGUAUUGCAAAAUGUAACGAAGAAAAUCAAAUACAUGUGCAUUUUGUAUCAAACUAA